AUGGAUCAGCCGGAGAAAGUUGCCAAAGUCCGAACAUACGAUUGCACCUAUUGCAAGAUGGGAUUCACCAAAGCUCAAGCCUUGGGAGGGCACAUGAACAUGCACAGCAAAAGAAAGGCCGCCAAGGCUAAAACGGUUGCUAGCCAUCAUGACCAGUACUCUUCUUCACCAUCCCACAAGGCCAAAAAUGGUUCAGACUACAACAACAUGGCCAACAACUGUGAGUACUCUACAAUACCCUUUUCAAGCGACAAUUGUUAUGGACCGCGGCAGUCAAAUUACCCGAUGCAUCUUCCGACGCCAGACUACCCUAGUGUUUCUCGGCGCGAUUCUGCGUGUUCUAGUCCUCAUGGAAGCUACGCGGGUGAGAAUUUCACCUUGAGAAUUGGACCGAUAAUCGUGGUCGAUGGAGACGAUCAUCAAGAGAGAAAUGAAGUAGUCGAUGUGGAGCUUCGUCUUGGUUUCAACCCCUGA